AUGAACUCCCAAAUUCUUACAUCAAACUUCUAUUUCUACAGAUUAUUCGAAGAGAACCAAGAUCUGCUUAACAUGUUCGAGAAGUUCCGCCAAUGUCGGACGAAGGAGGAACAGAUCAACUCCAUGGAACUGGCGGAACACGCCAACAACGUGAUGAACACUCUCGAUGAAGGCAUCAAGGGACUGGACGAUUUGGACAACUUCUUCGCGUUCAUUCACCAAGUUGGAGCGAGCCAUAGAAGAAUACCGGGGUUCAAAGUGGAAUAUUUUUGGAAAAUCGAAGCACCAUUCCUAGCAGCAGUGGAGUCCACGCUGGGUGAUCGCUACACGCCAAAUGUGGAGAAUAUAUACAAAAUCACCAUAAAGUUUAUAUUAGAAACUCUCAUAGAAGGCUACGAGAAAGCCGGCAAUAAACCUAACUCCACGUGA